AAAACAUAUUUUCUUGCGAUUUUCAACUCAGGUUUGUGUGUUUUCGGGUAUUUUAAUUACGUGCUUGUUGUCUUUUUUUGGUGACGCACCGGGUCGCUGGCUUUUCUGUUUCGUUUUCUCGAGGUUGUGAAGGAUGUUUUUUCGCAAUUUUUCUGUUGUCUUGUUUCCCGGCGAGCAAUGUCGGGAUGGGAUUGUGCUUCGCUACGAGGCCUUUGCUUUAGAUUUCGUGUACCUUUGUUGUUAGCUUGGUUAGCGUCUAGUUUACAUGUUUGCGGCACGUCUGGUUUAAAGGCAACUGUCAUAACAUGGCGGUGUCGACCUUUAAAUGCAUAUAAAGCUUAAAGAAGCCAGUUAGACCGCCGUUGGCUAUCAACUUGGACCAGAUUUAGAUAGCAUCGUUAGCUAUCCGCGAUCCCACUCCAUCGUUUGUUCACUAUCGACGCUACGGUCUCAGCGUUAGCAAGCUGGUAGCUAACUUCAGUUCUUGCUAGCGAGGACAAAGGGGACCAUAACACCAAAGGCACAAAGUCGGUUAGUAUUCAAUCUAAAACGAUGCUACGUGAAUCUGAUUUAUUUUUCAAAGAGCGAUAUGGGAUGUUAGCCGUUACCAAAGUGUCUCAUUGUUAAACUCGAAAUAUAAGUAACAGCAGCGGGCUAAUGUUAGCAUUGGUUCAAAACAACCCUCCGCUUCCUUCGUUACUGGAAUAAUAACCUGUAGAUAAAUAUAAUUUAGACAUUUGUAAACAGAUAUAAGUUAAUGUAUAUAAACACGGGGCUUCGUGGAACUUGUCUCUGAUUUGAUAUUUCUGGUUGCCAACAUAAAUAUAGUAGGAAUUGCGAAAUGCUGUUAGUGGAUUAUUGUUUUGUUAUCGUUUGUGGCCAUGACUGUCGAUACCCGUAAUUGCGAUGUAGUAAUAUUUUUAUCAUAUAUUUUUAUUAAAUAUUUUUAUUAUAUAUACUUCAUAUAUUCCCAAAGUCAAAAAUAUUUUUUUUUCUUGCUUUUUUAAAAGCUAAAAUUCCUUUUGAAGCUUGGUCGUCCUUGUGCGUUAAGCUUUGUUCAGUCCAGUAGCCAAUGGCAGCUUUGUAUUUGCAAACGUCAUUCAGGCACUUGCUAUUGUUCUCUGACAUAAAACAAAGUGGGAGAGUGGGAACAUCUGUAGUCGUCCUUAUGAUGGACACUAGUGAAAAUUCACUGGUAAACGUUGCAGUACAGAGUACUGAGAAGUCACAUUGGCUGUAUGCUUAUGGGUAAAUAAAGCCUUCCUUGUGGAAGUGAUUCUGAUACUGCUUACUAUGUGCUUUUAAAAACAUGUUAGCUGGUGCCAAUGUAAAACAAGAUCUGUAUUGCACAGGACUAUAGAAGUAUAGAGAAGAAUUCAGUAUUUCACUGCAGAAGUUUGGUGCUUGGAGUGUGUACAACAAAUUUGCUUUAAACUGUCUAGAAAAGCAAGGGGUGUGGGGUCAGGGUGUGUAGUGUUUGUUCUGCCUCGCACACACAGAGUUCUGUGCUGUUUGUAAGAGGACACUGGGUUGCUUUCCCUCCUUGACCCAGAUUUUCAGCAAAGCUGUUGCGUCACCAGGCCAACUGUGGGGCUUACAGCCUCCAUAAGGGGAGUAUUCAUAUUUGUCCAAUAAGGCUUAGGUAUACCCACAGCACAUACUUUUGGCAUUCGGACUUAUUCAAGAAAAAUAAAAACAAACACUGACGCUCUAUUCUAGCAACACAGUAACUGCAGUGUUAUUUUCCUUUCCGUUCACUCAUCAACACAUGUUGUGUUUUCCUUCUGCAGAUUUUUCUAUUUUGUACAUACAGAGUUUUGUAUAUACUGUAUAUGAUGAGCUCGCUGGGCGGCGACAAGGCCCGGAGCCCUCGGGAAAAAGCGCUGCCAGCUUCCGCUCACACAUCACAACCACAGAAACAAAUACAGGCUACUGCUGAGCAGAUCCGGCUUGCUCAGAUGAUCUAUGACAAGAAUGAUGCUGACUUUGAGGGCAAAGUUAACCAGCUGAUGGAAGUGACGGGGAAAAACCAGGAUGAGUGCAUGGUUGCGCUCCAUGAUUGCAAUGAGGAUGUCAGCAGAGCCAUCAACUUCCUCCUGGAGAGCAACACAGACAUGACCUCAUGGGAAACAGUGGGAAAGAAGAAGCCCUUGGUGAAAGAAGGCCCAUCAGAAAGCAAGGAGAACAAGGAGAACCGGGAGAAGAAGGGCGAAAGGGAGGCUAGCAAGGGUCGUGCCACUGGCAACCGCAAAGGCAAGGGGGCCAGUCGGAGCCGACAGGCACGUCCAGAGGAGAACGGUGUUGAGGUGACACCAGUGGACAAAGGCUCGGAUCGAGGUCGGAGGGUCAAAGGUGGAAGAGGAUCUGGAGUUCGAGGUCGAGGGAGAGCACCAACAGGAAGCAGGUUUUCAGCCCAGGGGAUGGGGACUUUCAAUCCUGCUGACUAUACCUCAGAGGCUGGGACAGGGACCACACAAACAGAGGUUUGGGACACAACGACCAACAACAGCACAGAUGGAACAGUUGCCUGGAGGAAUACUUUGGAAGACUGGGCAGCUGAGGAUUGGAGUGAGGAUGUUAGUCUCUCAGAGACCAAAGUGUUCACCUCCUCAUGUGCACCUGCUGCUGAGAACCACAUCACCCCUGGGCAAAGUCUGGACCUCGCUUCUCUGCUGCAGAAGCCUGUGGUUGGAGCAAGAGAACCACCUUCUUCUUCCUCUCAGAGUCUGGUCUUUACUAACUCCCAUCAUCACCAGCAGCAGCCCCACAGCCGCAGUGCCACCAGUAGCACAAGCUACGCACAUGCUGCUCUGUCAUCAGUGCUGGGAGCUGGUUUUGGGGACUUGGGCCAGGCUAAAAGGACUCAGGCCAGCCCUGGAGCUCAGAUACUGGAACAGCUGAAGGGUCCUGGCUUGGGUCAGCUUUCCUCAUCCCAGGCAACCCCUCCUGUCAGUAGCCAAGGAAGCAACACUUCUAUUGGUCGACUGCCAGGCCUGGGAGCACCUGUACCUCCACCCUCCUCCUCUAGCUGGGACAUGAAGACUUCAGAAUCCAACACCACCUCACUGUCCUCACAGUACAGCCGUGAGUUUGGUCUGCAGCCAGAGCCUUCUCUUGUGCUGAGUCAGCUGGUUCAGAGGCACACGGGCCCCUCCUUGCCUUUGGCGCGUCAGACGAGUCCACAAUCGCAACAGCAAGCACCAUCUGCUUCAGCCUCGCCUGCUCCCCAACACACCAGCACUCCAGCACAGGCAGGCCCGGUGAUGGCUCCUGCUGGUGCUAAACCUCUUGCCCCGAAUGCAGGGCUGGACCCUCAGGGCAACAGCACGACACAGCAGCAACGGGUACAGCUCAAAGGCCAGAAACGAAGGAUACCUCCCACGUCAAAGAUCCCAUCCACUGCAGUAGAGAUGCCAGGCUCAGCAGAUGUUCCUGGACUGAACCUCCAGUUUGGAGCGCUAGACUUUGGCUCGGAAUCGGCGUUGCCAGAAUUUGGAGUCGUGGAUAAUUGCGUGAGUGCAGCAUCGAGGGAGUCCACGUCGGCCCCUGCCCCAGCACCACCUGCAACAGGACCGGGGGCACAGAGCCAGACGAGCCUGUACUCUAAACCGCUCAGUGAGUCACUGGGCAGCCCUCUCUCGGUGGCCCUGUCUUUGCCCCUCUCCUCAUCAGAGCCAGUUUAUCACUCCUCCACAGUGGCUUUGCCGAGUCUCACCUCCUCAUCGUUAGGGACCGCAAGCUCAACCAACACUCCUUCCUCCUCUUCAACAACCUCAACCACCUCCGCCUCUGUACCUUCCUCAUCUCCCUUCUCCACGGUGGGGGGGAGCUAUGAUGGGACCAUGCCCCCUCACACAAGACUGGCAUUUUCUCAGAACAAAGAGGCCACGGGGCCAGUGAUGAACGGUUUGAAUGGUGUGAGGACUUCUGCUGCUCUGGACACUUCAUCAGCUUCUUCUACACCAAAACCAGAGUCACCGUCUAUGAACAUCAGCACCAACGGCGCCUCAGCUCCUUCCUCCCAUUUACCGUCUACCAUGCCUCCACACAGCUCCACCACGCUCUCCGGCCUGGCAGCGGACCUGCCCUCAGUCAGCCAACUCAACUCACUCAACAGUCAUGUCAGCAGUCAUUCCUCAGUUUCAGCUCUGGGCUCCAGCUCUCACACUUACACCAGUGUUGACAGCAGCAAUGUGAGCUCUCUGGCUCCCUCAUCUGGCUCUUACACGUCAUCCCAACCCACAGCCUCAGCACUCCACUCAGCCCACAACAGCAGCAACAGUAGCAGCAGCAGCAUCAGCCACCUGUCCAACAUGCCCAGCAUGGGCAACAACAUGAGCAGCACAGUUGGCGGUAUUGCUGGUACGAGCGGACUUCACUCAGCUGCUACCGCCACCAGCAGUACAGUACUGGGACUUGGCUCCAAUGGAGCUACUGCCACAUCCAACCUCUCUGCUCCAAGGACUACACCCCUGCUCUCCUCCUCCACUGGUAAAGCUCCUCCUAACCUGUCCCAGGGUGUGCCUCCUCUACUGCCCAACCAGUACAUUAUGGGCCCAGGGGGGCUGCUGCCUGCUUACCCACAGAUCUAUGGCUAUGAGGACCUGCAUAUGCUCCAGUCGAGACUGCCAAUGCCCUCUUUGCAGGAUUACUAUGGAAUAACAUUCCCUGGCCCCGCAGCAACUCUUUCCGGCAGAGACGGGAGCCUUGCCAACAACCCUUACUCAGGUGAAGUCACAAAGUUUGGCAGGAAUGACUCCACCUCCCCAGCUCCCCCCACAAGCCUUGCGGCGCCGCAGCCUCCCCAGGCUCAGAGCCAAGGACAGAACCAGGCGCAGCCUCAGCCUCCUCAGGCCCAGCCUCAGCCCCAGGGCCAGCCACAGCACCACAGCAGUCAGCAGGCCUUUCUGCCGCCAGGCUACAGCUACACAGGCCUGCCUUACUACCCUGGAGUGCCCGGUGCCGUACCUAGUGCUGCUACCUUCCAAUAUGGCCCCACUAUGUUUGUUCCUCCUGGAGGGCCAGGACCAGCUUCGGCCAAGCAGCACAGCAUGGGCCUCGGCCUGGGAAACCCUUCGGCUAGCCCCUUCCAGCAGCAGACACAGCAGCAGCCCAGCGGCUAUGGCCAGCACACCUUCAGCUCAGGGUACGAAGAGCUGACAGCAGGGCCGGCGGGAGUGGAAUACAGUAAAGGGUACAACUCCUCUUCACAGGCACAAGCCAAAUCUGCUGCUACUGGCCCCGGGAAAGGGGUCUCAGUGACAUCCAGUAACUCCGGUGUGCCAGACAUCAGUGGAAGUGUUUACAAUAAGACCCAGUCUUUUGAUAAGCAGGGUUUCCAUGCAGGAACCCCUCCUCCCUUCAGUCUGCCAUCAGCGCUGGGGGGUCCAGGGCCUCUGAACCCUGGAGCAGCUCCUGGAGGCUAUGCACCUGCCCCAUUCCUCCACAUCUUGCCUCACCAGCAACCACACUCACAGCUGCUGCACCACCAUCUUGCUCAGGAUGGACAGGGUGGUCCGAGCCAACGUGGCCAGUCCAGUAGCCUGCAGCAGAAGAGCCAAGUCAACAAGUCGGGCUACGGCAGCUCCCCUUACUGGGCCAACUGAGAACGACUACACCUGUGAUGUGUGCGUGCACCACACCAGUAUAUCUGACUGACAAGAUCAUAGAGGGACAAACGAUUUACAACACAAGCUAAAACACACACACUACCACCACCCCCCUCCCCUUUGCUCUGUAUAUCCCCUUUUCAAAUUUAUGGCUGUUGUAUGUAAAAUAUAUUUAUGUAUGUAUUUAUACAGUAUAUAUGUAUUGGUAGGACAUAAAAUGUGGUUUUCUGCAUUUUUUUUAUUUUGAAGGACAUUUUAUUUCAAAAUAAUGGAAAGAUGAGAAUGCUAAAUCAUGGAGAUGAAGAUGGUGAAUAUACUUGAACACAAGCAUCUUGUGAUGUGGAUUUUUUUUGUAUGCAUACAUGAACUGAGAAUGAUGUACAUAGAUUAUACCCAUCAUUUUCAUGGCAAAAGCCUUUUUUUAAUUUUAGAAGAAAUAUUUUUUUUGUAACUUUGGUCUCCCGCAUCUGUGAAUCCUUAUAUUGAGGGUGACUUGAGUUGAUAGCUAGAGUUUUCUUUUACCCCGUUUCCUUCCAUUUGUCUCUCAUUCCCUGACUCUUACUAGUUGGUUGGCUUGACCAGCCAGGCCUUGGAUUUGAUGUCAUUUUAACAUUGGUUUAAUCCUUGUUGUCCAAAUUAAAAUUAAUGAACAGUU